AUGUACCCCAAGGCCGCAGCGCCGGGCGUGGUGCGGCUCGACCAGAUACCGCGAUGGACGGAGCAGGAGCUCGGCGCGGCGGCGCUCGGAGGCGCGGCGCUGGGCGACAUCGCGAUCGCGGCGGACCUCAUGGGGCUCGAGCCGCCUGGACUAGGAGUCACCGCAUUAGACGGAGAUCCCGGUGCGUCGGGCGCGGGAUUCGCAGCAGGCGCGCCAAGCUACGCGACGGCGAUCGCUUCGACGAGCUCGGCGGGCGACGAUGACCCAGGCGGGUUCGACGACCCGCUCUCGGCGCACGGCCUGGAACUCCGCGGCCGUGGCCGCGGAUCCGGAGGCGCGCCGAAGUUCCCGGUGAACGCGGAGCUGAACGCGAAGGUGUACGUGUGGCGCGGCGCGCCGUGGGCGCUGGAGGUGGACGCUGUGGUGAACUCGACGAGCGAGAGCCUCGACCCCGCGCUCUCCUCGCCCGGCCUGCACGACGAAGCCGGCCCCGGCCUCGCCGAGGAAUGCGCCACGCUGGUCCGUGCCCGCCGCGCCCCAACAGGCGAGGCGAAGAUGACGGGCGCGUACGAGCUGCCCGCCAGGCGCGUGAUCCACACAGUGGGGCCGCGGUACACGGACAAGUACCAGACGGCCGCGGAGAACGCGCUCAGCCGCUGCUACCGCAUCUGCCUCGAGCUGCUGCUUGAGAACGAACUGCGCAGCAUAGCGCUCUUGCCCAUCUACUCAGAGGCGAAGGGGUAUCCCAGGGAGCCCGCUGCUCACGUCGCCAUCCGCACGGUGAGGCGGUUCUUGGAGAAGCACGGGCGGGGCAUGGCGGCGGUGGUGUUCUGCAUCCAGACGGACGACGACCACCUCAUCUACAAACGGCUGUUACCGCUCUACUUCCCGCGGGACAGCAGUGAGGAGAUGGCAGCGCAGGCGCUGCUGCCGGCGGACGUGGGCGAUGAGAAUGGCGAGAUAGUGAUCGCGGAGCGCAUGAUCCGCAUCUCCAAGAUGCCCGGCCUGCCCCCCGCCUCCACCGCUGCAAACGGCGCGUCCACAUCAAGUGCGCUCAUCCCAGCACAGCCACCAGGGCAGCUGACACUCUCAUCAUCCGCGUUCGAUGACUCGCUGCUGGACCCAGCCUUCAUCAGCAUGGCCAAGGACCCCGACCAGCGCCGUGUGGAGCAGCGCGAGCAUGCCGUGGCGUCGGCACAGACGGGGUGGAUCUGGCUGUGGGCGCGCUGCCUGGGGCUCGACCUGGGGGACACCGUUGUGUCGCUGCUGACUGCUGGCGAGCAGCUGGCGCUGCACGGGCGGUACCUGGCGCGCGCUGAGAAGCUGGACCUCACUGAAGUGCAGGACAUGCGCAUCAUGUAUCGCGGAGGCACGGAUUCAGCGGGGCGCAGUGUGAUGGUGGUGGUGGGGGCGCACUUCCUCGUGCGGUGCCUGGACCUCGAGAGCUUCAUCUUCCAUGCCGUCAAGACGGUGUAUGCAGUGCAUCCAGACAUGCGGCUCAAGGGAACUGUGUGGGGCAUGCAACUGCUGGUGGACCCACUGGUGUUCAAGAAAGUGAAGUAUGUGGGCAGAUUGCUUGAGCUGUUCAGACACGUAUCGCGAGAACAAAUAACAAUACCAGAGUUUGUCUUUAUGCAUGACGUGGAAGUUAACCCUCAGGAUGUGGUAACCAUGAGUUUUCAAUCAAGGUUUGUUUCUCCACAAGCCCGCCUCCCUGCUCCGGCUUAA